GAAGUCCCCCAAGCUGCCGGUGAAGUCCCCCAAGCUGCCGGUGAAGUCCCCCAAGCUGCCGGUGAAGUCCCCCAAGCCAUCUGUGGCCACCAAACUUAAAGGACAGCAGGGAGUGACCAGAACCAGAACUUCUGCACCUAAAAGACUGCAAGAGAAAUUAACCGACUGUGUUGAAACCAACAUGAAAAGAACCAGGUCUCGGACUGUCCCCCCUUGCAAAACCGGUCUUGGAAUAGGCAAACAUAUUAAAAUGUCCUUUGAGGAAGAGGAUAAGGAAUCGAAGCCUCAAACAUCAGAUCCUCCUGUUAUACAACCUCCUAUGCAACCUCCUUCGCAACACGUGGUAGAGAUCUUACCAUCAAACAGCUCUUCAUCUGCUGAGAAAACAGCUACCUAUGUUCGCCGGCUGUCUCAAAAUGGCUCACUCCAUGACAAGCCUGACUUUGAAAUCCUCACAGAACAGCAAGCCUCCAGCCUAACGUUCAACCUGGUAACAGACUCCCAGAUGGGAGAGAUCUUCAAGUGUCUCUUACAAGGGUCUGAUCUGCUAGAAACUAGUGUCUCAGCUGGGGACAAUCAUGGCUGGCCCCUUGGUACUCCACUGAAAGAAAGAGAGCGUUUCCUAGGCGUUACCACCCCAAGCAAUGUUUGUACCCCAAGUCAAGUUGGUACUCCCUCUAAACUCAUUGCCACGUGGUCACCUAUUUCACCUAUCAAGUUUUCCUCUCCAAAUUCAAAAGUCCAAAUUCCACUAAAUCCAACUUUGUUGGAUGAGCCUUGCAUGUUAGAGAUGCCCUCCGGCCUACCAGAAAGCAUAAUGACACCACAGUCCAGUGUGUUCUCGCAUAGAUCAUAUUCCAUCUUGGCAGAAGAUCUGUCUGGGUCUCUCACAAUUCCCUCACCUCUCAAAUCUGACAAUCACCUCAGUUUUUUGCACCCAGCCACCGGGGAGCCCAUGUCUGCUCCGGACAGUGUCAUCAGUGCACACUUCAGUGAGGAUGCUCUUAUGGAUGGGGAAGACGCUACAGAGCAGGACAGUCACCUUGCCCUGGACACGGACAACUCCAGCUGUGCAUCAAGCGGUGGUGGCAGGACCAGGGAGGCUCCUGUUAACCCUUUGUUUCACUUCAAGCCUCACUUGCCCAUGCAGGCAGUAGUGAUGGAGAAGUCAAAUGAUAAUUUCAUUGUGAGGAUACGGCAUGCAUCCACCAACCUAGGCGUCAACUCCACUAACCUAGGCGUCAACUCCACCAACCUAGGCGUCAACUCCACCAACCUAGGCGUCAACUCCACCAACCUAGGCGUCAACUCCACCAACCUAGGCGUCAACUCCACCAACCUAGGCGUCAACUCCACCAACCUAGGCGUCAACUCCACCAACCUAGGAGUCAACUCCACCAACCCAGUGUUCAACUCUUCAAGCCCAGGCAGUAUCAACUCUACCUACCCAGGAAAUAACUCCAGCAACCCAGUGGUCAACUACACAAGAUUAGGAAUCAACUCAUCAAGCCUAGUAGUCAAUUCUUUAAGCCCAGACAUCAAUUCCACCAACCCAGUGGUCAACUCCACAAACUUAGGAAUCAACUCAAGCCAAGGUGUCAACUCCUCAAGCCCAGGCAGUGUCAACUCUACCUACCCAGGAAAUAAUGCCACCAACCCAGGAAAUAACUGCAACUACACAUGUGUCAACUCCACAAGCCCAGAAGUCAUCUGCACCAACACAGGCGUUAACCCCACAAGUGCAUACAUCAAUCCUAGGGGUGCUGAGAUCCCUCAAACACCACCAGGAGAAGAAAAACAUGGUAAAGACAAAGAUCGCCCCCCAGAAAAAACGCCUUCCAAAGCCCCUUAUUCAGAGGCCAGUCCUCCUUUCUACCUUUCCACAAGCACCGAAAUAGCAUCUGCGCUAUCAUCGCCAUGCCUCACCAUCAUAGAAGACACACCAGAGAGAGACCACAGCAAGGGUAAGACCGGGAAAAAGCGGACAAUGCACCAUGUGGAAACUAAAGCAAAGCGGGCUAAAAAGGAGGUAAUCCCAGAGAAGAGCAUGCAUAAAAAGAAGUCGUCAAAAAGUCCCAAAGGAAAGGGGACUGGAAGCUCCAAGAGAGAGAGAAGUAAAGUCACUACUUCACCCCAAUCUACCCCAUCACCCAACAGCCUGUCUGCCAAGAAUAUCAUCGUAAAAAAGGGUGACGUGGUUGUGACGUGGACAAGGGAUGAAGACCGAGAUAUUCUCCUCGCACUGAAGAUGAAAGGUGCCUCUCCAGAUACCUUCUCUGCCCUUUCAGAGAAAAUGAACAAGACACCCGCUCAGAUUGCAAAGCGAUUUUCCCAACUGAUUAAGCUUUUUAAGAAGAAGGAGAAGAUGGCAAGCUGACUUCUCUGAAUAUAUAUUUUUUAAUUCAAUGAAGAUUUCACGUACUAGGCUUCUUAUACUCUCAAACGUUCCAAGGUCACGACUUGAAUGUCCCAUUUGAUGAAUGAGUGGAAGCAGAUCUGAAUGUGAUGCCUGUAAUUGAUGGACUUGGAACAUAUGACCACAGUCAACUAGAUCUCAAACUCAAAUGUGUUUUUGUGCUGUGUUCAGCAAGGAUGUGAAUAUCCUUGAGGUAAAAUCCUCACAGGCUUCAAUAUACAAUGUAUUAUCGCCCCACAGCCUAAAUGAACACAGCUUUUAUUAACUGUUUUGGUACAUCUGUUGAUAUUUCAAUGCACUGGAUUUAUUUUUCUUCCUUUUUGUGUUUAAACUAAUCUACCGUAUUGAUCCUUGGGAAUAUCCUAUCUCAACUUCACAUCUCUUAAUAUGCCAUAGCAAGGUUAUACCAUAUGUGGAGUUAGACACUGCUGCAAUCAUACAUUUUAAUUAAGUAAUUAACCAAUUUUAGCUGAAAAAUAACAGAAUGGUGAGUUGUCUCUAAUGCUUUUAUGGAGCAUUGCAGCUUGUGCUGCUUGUACAAAAUGUGUACUGAAGUUACGUACUCUUUUCUACUUCAACAUAAUCUGGGAGUGUUUGUGUUUGGAAAUAAAGAUUGGAACUACAAUUAAGGCCACAUUUACUCUGUCACAUGGCAGAAAGUGCAUUUUACUGUAUGUCAAAUGUAUUAUAUAUUGCACUGACUUCAAGAUGGUCAGUUACAUAACAAAAAUAAGCCACAGAUGUUCCAUUUUAUAUAUGAUUCAAGGUGUUAUGUUUAUAUGUUUAUAGAAAUUAAGGAUUUGACUGAGUACACAUUUCUUGACUAAGAUUUUUGGUUGGUUGGUUUUGGAUGGUUGUGAGUGUGACAACAUGGUUAAGGAAUAUACACUGUGUAGCCUUUAUUGUACAUAUUUUGGUUUUGAAAAUAAAGUGUAUUUAUUUAA